AUGAAUUCACUUCACUCUUCAUGUUGGAACACUUCUACUGAACUUAUGAACAAAUCCUGGAAUGAAGAGUUUGCUUAUCAAACCCUCAGAGCUGUGGACACUGUCCUCCCCGCCAUGACUACGAUUACCUGCUCAGCAGGCCUGGCUGGCAACACCCUCAUUGUAUUCACCAUAAUAAGGGGAGAUAGAAAAAAGAGGACCCCUGACAUUUAUAUCUGCAACCUGGCUGUGGCUGAUCUGGUCCACAUCACUGCAAUGCCUUUCCUCAUCCACCUGUGGGCCCAGUGAGGAAAGUGGGUUUCUGGGGGGCUUCUCUGCACCAUCAUUACAUCCCUAAAUACCUGCAACCAGUUUGCCUGUAGCACCAUCACGACUGUAAUGAGUGUGGACAGGUACUUGGCUGUCAUCCAACCAUUUCGACUUGCAAGUUGGAGAACAAGGUACAAGACCAUCCGCAUCAGUCUGGGCCUCUGGGCAGCGUCCUUUAUUCUGGCAUCGCCUGUCUGGAUCUACUCAAAGGUCAUCAAAUUUAAAGAUGGCAUGGAGAGUUUUGCUUUUGAUUUAACGCCCCUUGAUGAUGUUCUCUGGUACACACUUUAUUUGACAACAACUUUUUUCUUCCCUUUGCCCUUAAUUUUGGUGUGCUAUAUUUUAAUUUUAUGCUAUACUUGAGAGAUAUAUCAACAGAAUAAGGAUGCCAGAAGGUGUUCCCCCUGUGUUCCAAGGCAGAGAGUGAUGAAGCUGACAAAGAUGGUGCUGGUGCUGAUGGUCAUCUUUAUUCUCAGUGCUGCCCCCUAUCAUGUCCUACAACUGCUGAACCUACAGAUGGAGCAGCCCACACUGGCUUUCUGUAUGAGCUAUUACCUCUCCAUCUGUCUCAGUUACGCCAGCAGCAGCAUUAACCCUUUUUGCUACACCCUACUGAGUGGAAAUUUCUGGAAAUGCCUACCUGGAGUGCAAAGCUGAGUGACUAAAAGAGAAAUCUCCCACAUGGAAAACACUUUGAAAUUAAGAUUUUAG